AUGGUUUUUCUAGUUACGACCCCUCGGAUCCUAGCAGCGUGGACUGCUGUCCCGGCUGAGCGCCGCCAGGAGCUCGAUCUUCCGGCGGCGCUGGACUUGCACGGUCCGAUUGCGCACGCGCAGCUCCUCCGAUUGUCGAAAUACCUUGAGAACGACUCGGCAUACACAUCUUCAAUUGCCGGAAAUGAACCUCCAGACCCUACCGUCCUGAGCUCGCUCCUCCGCGGCACAAAAGUCUACGUCCCCCCGCCGCCCAAGAAGCCAGAACCCGUACGUUCCCAAGAAUACCUCGCCUCGAAAGCGCGCCUCACGGCCAUCGCCGACCAACAAGCCUACAACCGCCUCUUGAACCCAACCUACACCCCAAAUGCAGACUACGCGGACCCGCACGCCCUGCGCGACACGCACGGCCAGCCGGUCUUCACGGAAGAUACCCUGACGCCGUCGCUGGUGUUCAAUAUCUUCCUCUCCGUGCUGAUCACGGGAUUCAGCGUGUACUGGGCUCUUAGUACUUUCCACAUGCCGGGCAUCCUGGCGCGGACCUUCUCCAGCUGGACGGGUCCUAGGGCCGAGGGAAAGGAGAGACAGGGGGCGUCAGAUGCGGUGCGGGUUCUGCUUUCUAUUUUCGCGGCGCUGGCGGUGGCUGUGGCGGAAUCGUUCCUGUAUGCUGCUUAUCUGGGGAAGCUGGAGAGGGCGAGGAUUGCGGAGAGGAAGCUUAAGGAGCGGAAGGUGUUGGUGGGGGCGUUUGAGGGGGAAGGGAGCGAGGAGAGGGAGGAUCUCGUAACUGUGGGUGAGAAGGAGGAAAUUUGGGGAAAGGGAUUGAAUGGGGGUGUGAGGAGGAGGUUGAGGGAGAAGUAUGAGAAGGGGAAAAAAAGAUUUAACUUGACCGUAUCGGCUAAUAAGAUUCACCUAUCUGAUUGUAAAUUACUCUUUAUAUAUCCUAAUUCGGGGACAUUUCAAUUGUGGAUGUGA